CGGCUGUCAGCUGACAGUCACGCAAUUUUCGCUUUCCAAAACCAAAACCAAGGCACUUAUUUCGAUUUUCCAAGAGAAAAAACGUCAGGCACCAUACAACAUGGGCUUGAAAUACGCGAUCAAAAGCUAGUUAUAGCUGAAAUAUUGCUCUAAUUGUAGUGUUAUUGUUAUAGUUUUGUUUUAUAUGUACAUUGUGUAACUCUUAAAUUAGUCUAAAAUGGAUACGUAUAUCUUAGACCUCGGUUAUGGCGUUUGUUGAUCAUUAAAAAUUUCGUUCGGUUUAUAAUUUCCUUCUAUUUGAUGUCCGAUUUUCGUUAGUGAUCGUUUAUUUUGUUCGUGUUUUCGUGUAUACCCGAAAUGGUGAAGGAAAAGCCUAAUUCAAUACGGAUCUACGACGACGAGGGAUUCAGACGGCGCGCUGCUUGCAUAUGCGUACGGUCUGACGCCGAAACGGAGGUGUUGUUAGUGACAUCGUCGCGCCGGCCUGACAACUGGAUUGUGCCCGGCGGCGGGGUUGAGCCAGAGGAAGAACCCUCUGUGACUGCGAUGCGGGAGGUUCUAGAGGAAGCUGGCGUUAUUGGAAAGCUUGGCCGUUGUCUUGGUGUUUUCGAAAACCGCGAACACAAGCACAGGACUGAAGUAUACGUGAUGACCGUAACACAGGAGUUGGCGGAGUGGGAGGACUCCCGUCUAAUGGGGCGCAAACGACAAUGGUUCUCAAUCGACGACGCCCUCGCCCAGCUCGCGCUACACAAGCCAAUUCAACGGCAUUAUUUACAACAGCUCAAGCGAUCCAAACAGACCAAGUCGGACGACAGCUAAACGCUUUAUAGGGACUAGGGGGAAGUGUGAAAUCUCUCGAUGCAUAUUUAUUCAAAUACAUAUUACUGAAGAUGUUAUUUUUCAAAUUUCCAUCACUAAAACCAAAAUGGUUACGCAAAAUACAUUUUUAAUGUCAGAUGAAAUAUUCAGUAUCUAAAAAUUCUGACAAUAUUCGUGUAGUGAUUUCGUGAAGAAACAAACAUAAGCUCAACAGAUCUUGUAAUUUAGAUGAUUCCGUAAAGCAUUUGGUUCAAUAACACCGUAAAUAAGAAACCUUAUCAGAAAUUGGAGAAAUAGUGCCACAUUAUAUAAGUUACCAUUUUGUAUAAAAUAACACUUUCAUACAGUUUAAUUUCCAUCUUCAUAAUGAGGUCGCUUGGGUCGACGCAAAGCAUUUAAACCUACUGAUUAUUUACCAAAUAUUGCCAUAGGGAACUUUAAAUUGAUCAUAAUACCCGAUUACAAUACUUGAACGAGUCUUUAUGACUUUGAAUUUAAAUUAAUAUUAUGAAUAAGACAAGAUUAUACAAUAUGGUAUAGUCAUAAAUAUUUUUAGUCAGCCUGUUUACGUGAAGCUAAGUUGACCUGAAACUACUGAACAAAUUUGGAGAAUUUGAACAAUAACACAAACCGACUUCUAAGUAGAAUCACAUUUGAGAUUUUAUGAAUAAAUAGAUAUGCAUUCUGAGAUUUUGUACAACAAUUACAAUCUAAGGUACUCUAGCUUUUCCGUAGCUAUAUAUUAUUGAAAUAGCUUAUGUCAGCAUUCGAGUGAGUUCAGGAGGCUUAAAAGUGUUCUGUGAGCCUAACUAUAGAAGUCAAUUUAAAGUCUUAAUUCAUAAAGCUCAGUGUGACUUGAUAUCGAAUAAACUAUUGAGUUAAUGAAGAACCUUAAAUUAUUCUUGGCUUUUACUAGUAAAACCUUCAUUCACUUUGUGUCUUAUGGAAGUGAAACAAUGUAAGUGCUUUAUUUGGUAAAGCACUGUCUAUCAAAUUGAUUUUAUGUUUUGUUUAAAAAGUGAAAAAUAAUUGCUUUAAGUUAAUAGUCUAAUUUAUCUUAUGUGAGUAAUUUUAAUGAGUUGUUUCAAUCGAUAUCAAUGCAUACUAGGGCUAAGACUUUUUUGGGGAUGUACCGAGUCAUAUUUUGCAAAUUAUAUAUUAUUUUAUUAAAGUAAAACCAUUUUAUUGUUUGUUGCUGUGUAAUAUUCUGAAAGCCAUUAUGAUCUAACUUAAGUCGGCUUUACUAGUCCUUUUUCAGAAACCAUAAACUGUUACUCAGCUGUUUUACUACUGCAAUUAAUAUAUUAACAAUUUGUCACGGUACACCCCAAGACCAUGUGAAAAUCAUACGAAACAUUUGCACUAACGAUUUCUAACAAAUGCCCCCUAGUUUCGAACUCAGCACUGCCUCCAAAUGCAGGGCCGUCUUAUUUUAACCCCUUAUUAGACUUGUCCAACAUUAGUUAUAUUGAGAUUAUUCAUGUUCCAUUGGGCGAGUCCCGCGAUGUGCAUAGAAAUUGCGUCAUAAUUAAGAAAAAAAUUUAACUAAUAAAAAGUUCUCAACGCUUGAGGAAUGUGUCAAUUUGAAAUGUUUUUAAGCUGUUAAUUGUGUGACAUGAUUGUAAAUUUUGUGAAAACCCGCGAUUUUUGACUUUUAUGAGAAAUGUGCAAAUUACUGAUUCAAUUUUGAUUCAUCUGUCAGGGACUGUCACAAAUCUAAGUAACAAUACAUUGAACUGAGCCACGUUGAGACGUUGAAGAGCUAUAUUCUGAGCGAUCGUCAGAUCUAUGCAGGGUUUGUGACAGUCGCUUCUGACAUUGUCUUGUAAAAAUACUGUCACGUGACAGACGUUAUGUCAUUUCAAUUGUAGUGAAAAAGUCCUCGUCUCGAAGCCAAUUAGAACAUAACAUUAAUAGUGGAAUACACAUUAAUCGCGCCGCUUAAACAUUUUCAAUAACUUAGGUCUAUCAUUUUGAAAUUUUCCAAAGCAGAAUCAAAGGAUGAUUUCUUGUGUCGAACUGAGGAUUAGUUUAUUAUUAAUAGACCUAGCAUUUUAACUACAUAUAUUCGGAGUUGUAUUUAUUUUAUAUAAAACUUCCAACUUGAAUUAUGGCAUUCGCUCGCAUGUUGCGGUUUCAUUUCGAAAUACUAUUCGUCUUAAACAUUUUAAUAUUAAUGAGAAAUCGGACAUGUCCGGUGGAAUUUAAGGAUAUUUUUGAUUUAAAUAUAAGCGCUAGAUAAUUAGUUGCUAUUUGUACCUAUCUGGAUAUAGAAAAUUUAUUUUUGUAAAUAACAUAUUCUGGUGUUUUAAUAAAAUAUUCAUGAAUGUGUUUUGAAUUAUUAUUCGAAUGCCGUUGCAGAAAAUGUUGUACUUUACUGAGUUUCAACGAAUUAAUAAUUAAAUGCACAUUCUUUUUCGUGUGUAAUAUUUUAAUAAGUCGGGCGUAGAGUAAGGCGGUACUGUAUUGUCUACCUGUAAGGAUGUAGACGUCUGUGGUCGGUUUCAAAGCGAAUCGGUCUCUGUGGACACGUAUUAUAACAUCUUUUUUUCUACUUACGUAUUUUUUAUACAGCAAUGAAAUAUUAAUUUUAUUUUGUUAGCAUUAAACAAAAGACAUACAAUCUCUAUAUUAUUUAAAUGAAUUCAUUUAAGAUUCCCGAUGAGUUUAAUAAUAAAUUUUAUAUUGCUCUUCU